AUGUCCAAGAAAGGAUCUGACGAAAACCUAGUGGAGAAACCAAACCUCGCUGCGCACACCCUCAAAGGAGAGCCUGGGCCAGUGCUAGUAAUUCAUGGUGGUGCUGGACUACUACUCAAGAAGAAUUCGACGCCAGCUCAAAGGGAGCUAUAUAAAGAGGCUCUUAGGAAAGCACUCGUUACCGGAAACGAUGUCUUGAAGUCUGGUGGACAAGCGAUGGAUGCUGCUGUGGCAGCAGUCACCGUAUUGGAAGACUGUCCGCUGUUUAAUGCUGGACACGGAGCGGUCUUCAAUGCUGCGGGAAAGGCAAGUCGUUAUCGUGUAAUACUGAACGAACUUGAAGCCUCUAUAAUGCUUUCUCAUCCACCUCCUUCCCAUCCAUCUGUUCCGGCCUCGCGCAAGGGUUUCUCACUGACACUCCUUACGCGGGCCAAAAACCCAUCUCAGAUGGUUCGGGCGCUCUAUUUAGAGCCCACUCUUGCCCCGCAUGCAUUCCUCUCGGGAGCUGCUGCAGAAGAAAUAGGUCAUCAGGUGGGCCAAGAGCUCGUCGAUCCAUCCUACUACUGGACAGAGCAUCGGUGGCGCGAACACCGGCGCGGACUGGGUCUUCCCGAGACGCCGCUCCCUGGAGAGCCAAGUAAAGGCAUACCAUACCCGCCACUCGACCAGCUACCUACCGGGACUGUGGGCGCUGUGGCUUUGGAUGUCAAUGGGCAUAUAGCCUGCUGCACAAGCACCGGUGGUAAGACCAAUAAGCUUGUUGGACGUAUUGGCGACACACCUAGUAUGGGCUCUGGCUAUUGGGCUGAAAAAUGGUCUGAGCCCAGGAAAGGACUUUGGGCCAAAGUUCUUCAAGCUUUCGGGAGGGAUAAGACUACGAUUAGGGCGGUAGGCAUCUCGGGAACCGGUGACGGAGACACGUAUCAGUACUUUAUCAGGGAGGCAACAGCAGUGACGCUAGCAAGGCGAAUGAGGUAUCAGGGACAAAGUUUGAAGAGCGCUGCGCAAAAAGUGGUAGAAGACCUCCGAGAAGUGGGUGGCAUGGGUGGAGUUAUUGCGUUAGAUAACCUCGGAAAUGAGUACGGUAAAUUUACUAUCCUUUGUCAAGUUGCAAUGCCCAUGAACAGCACUGGAAUGUAUAGAGGGGUGAUCGAUAGUAGGGGCGAGCCAAAGGUCGCGAUAUUCGAUGACGAUACUCUCGAGUAA